AGGAUUUGGAGAAAGGGGAGGGAAAAUGGAAGGGUUGUAACCACAAUGGUUUCAUGCUGUCGGCAUUAGUUAACCAAUCAACAUCGACGAAUUUUGAUGAUUCUAACAAAAUAAAGAUUCCGUAAACGACUGUGGUGCGGCCGAAAGAAACGCCUCCAGGGGGAGAAGAACUGAUAAGAAAGGGUAAGAAGAUCAAAAAGAAGAAGAACUUUGUCGACUGGAAACCACAACAUCUCCAACUUAUUUUCCAUGGCUGGCACAUUGCGCUAUCUUGACAAAGUUGUCAUAGUUACAGGAGGGUCAAAAGGAAUUGGUAAAGGAAUCGUCCAAGUGUUCGUGAAAAAUGGGGCUAAGGUUGUGUUCUGUGCUAGAGGGGUGCAAGCAGGGCAGGCGCUGGAAGAGGAGCUUAACAGCACAGGUCCCGGAACCUGCCUGUUUGUGCCCUGUGACGUCACCAAGGAAGACAAUAUCAAGAAUCUGAUCUCCGUGACAGUUGAGCGCUUUGGUGGAAUUGACUGCCUGAUCAACAAUGCAGGAUGGCACCCUCCCCAUAAGCCCAUCGAUGAGACCACAGCUGAGGAGUUCAGGGAUCUGCUCAACUUCAACCUCAUCAGCUACUUCCUUGCCACAAAGCUGGCCCUCCCCCACCUCCGUUGUUGUCAGGGAAACGUCAUUCACGUGUCCAGCCUGGUGGCCUCCAUUGGCCAGAAGCACGCUGUUCCGUACGUUGCCACCAAGGGGGCGAUCGUAGCUAUGACUAAAGCAAUGGCCAUUGAUGAGAGUCGGUAUAACGUGAGAGUCAACUGUAUCUCUCCAGGUAAUGUGAUGACUCCCCUGUGGGAGGAGCUAGCCUGUCAGUCAGGAAAUGCAGCUGCCACCAUCAAAGCAGGCGAAGAAGCUCAGCUGAUUGGUCGGAUGGGAACAGAAGCCGAGUGCGGAUUGGCUGCCCUGUUCUUGGCUGCUGAUGCCUCUUUCUGCACUGGGGUGGAAUUACUUGUCAGUGGAGGAGCUGAACUCAACUAUGGGCACAAGAGCCAAAUUAGUUGAUCACUGGAUGCUGUGAACAGGCCCAGAAGCUUAAAGGGACAGUCUGACUUUUUGGAAAAUUUGCUUUGACAGAAAUGCACCGUCCAGUAUCUCGAAAAGCUGAGUUAUUUACACUUGCAUCUUGUGUGUUCAUUCCGAGUAAAAAUAAGAGUAGAAAAAUAAGGUCUUAUUUGUUUUAGAGGCAGCUAAAUUCAGAACUAUAAUUGACAGUUAACCAAGUAUCCAUCCCCUGGGUGCAGUGAUUAGUAGCUGUGCAGCGCCACUGGAAGUUUGGGGUUGCCAGGGCAGUAUUAUGGGCUGCAGUGGGAGCGCAAGUUUACAGUCAGUGACAUGCAGUAACCUGGCAACCCCCAACUCACACUUGCAUUUCCAUUAGCAGAGCUAACGCUGCUUCCAUCUGCGGUCAUUCAUAGAGCUAGCACAGUUAGCAUGCAGCCUGUAGAUACAGUCUAAAACAUGUUUUACAGUACGACAGGGAUGAAGCUGGUAUCAAUCUUAUUGUCCAAUUAUGGGUAAGAGCCAAAAAGUAGGACGGUCUCUUUAAUGCAAUGAUAGAGGUGAGCAGGGCUGAUACAGUUACUCAGUGAGACAGCAAGUAUGACUUACACACAGAUAUGAAGAUUAGAAAACUCACAGGUAGCUUUAGAAUGAUUCGAAAGCAAAUUUGGAAAAAAGGUGAGAUGCUUUUUUCAUUGAUCUGCCUCUAAGCCAAUGAAAUCAGCCUGCAGACAAACUGCUUGAACCUUAUUGGUUCGCAAGAGGCUUGCUGCAGCAUCUACCUUACAUUACAUUACGUUACAUUUAGCUUGCGCCUUUAUCUAAAGUGAUGUACAAAAGCAUGUAGUGAAUAAAACGUCUUGGACUGUUGAGGGCAUUUGCUUAAGGGACUCUAAAGUAGACUAACGGAAUACACUAUUAGACUGUUUUCACUGGCAACUGUUUUUGACCAGGGAAGUUGCAUAUACUGGUGAUAUGUCUCAUGUGUAAAAAUAGCAACAUGUUAACAGCUGGAUAUCAGUACCAGGAAUGUAUGAUAAGUUUCAGAAAGAAACAUGACACGUCACCUGUAUAUUACACGAGUUGAGUUUAAAGAGAAAUAAAGUGAUGCAACGCUACACUUUUAUUUUACCAUUCUUCUCUACUAUGUGACCUGGAAGGAAAACCAGUGGUUUACCUGUGUGUACCUGUUCAACAGAUAACCAUAGAUUUUUUCAACAGUUACUCUGUAAAACGUCCCGCAUUAAACAAUGUGAGUUUCACAAGCCAGUAAUUGAAGAGGUAUAAAUGGUGGAUUGACAGAGAAUUGUCACUGAAAUUAUUAAAUGGCAGCAUUACUGUCCAAUGACGUGUUGUUAUACAAUGUGUAGUGUUACUUUCUCACAUGGACUGGCCCCGUUUUGCAGUGUCACACAUUUCUGUGUCACUUCGCCUCACCACGUCACAAUAAAUUGGAAUAGCAGUGUACAUGUCAUGGAUUUUCAGCGAUUUACACAAAUGAAUGGAUAUUGGAUAUCUAAAAUAUUUUAUAUCUUGCGGGUAGGGGUGGGCAUGGGGGGGGGGAGCCUGAACUGAUCUCCUGGACCAUUUGAUUUCCUGGACCAUGUGAGACUUUCACUAAUUUCUUUGCUGGACGCUACUGUUUAAGAUUUACAGGUUGUUCUACAUUGAAUAAAAUGGCCACCAUUGCCUAAUCACAAUCUA